CUCUGGCCGCCAUUGCCGCGGUAGGGGAGAAGAAGAGGCGAGAGACCCGCUGAGCUGCUCAGUCGAGAGGAGGAGGAGGAACCGGCGCCCGCUCGUACGCGAACCACGCCGCGCGGCGAAAAUCGACCAUGGAGGAAAAGUCCUCGGUGAAGGAACUGGAUCAGUGGAUCGAGCAGUUGUCCGAGUGCAAGCAGCUGUCCGAGGGCCAAGUCAAGACGCUAUGCGAGAAGGCCAAGGAGAUCCUGACGAAGGAGUCGAAUGUGCAGGAGGUGCGCUGCCCCGUCACUGUGUGCGGGGACGUUCACGGCCAGUUCCAUGACCUCAUCGAGCUCUUCAACAUCGGCGGGAAGUCCCCGGACACCAACUACCUCUUCAUGGGCGACUACGUGGACCGGGGAUACUACUCGGUGGAGACUGUGUCGCUGCUCGUUGCGCUCAAGGUGCGCUAUCGCGAACGCAUCACGAUCCUGCGCGGGAACCACGAGUCACGACAGAUCACCCAGGUCUACGGCUUCUACGACGAGUGCCUGCGCAAGUACGGCAACGCCAACGUGUGGAAGUAUUUCACCGACCUCUUCGACUUCCUCCCCCUCACGGCGCUCGUCGACAGACAGAUUUUCUGCCUGCACGGAGGCCUCUCCCCCUCCAUCGACACGCUGGACCACAUCCGAGCUCUCGACCGUCUGCAAGAGGUCCCUCAUGAGGGCCCCAUGUGUGACCUGCUGUGGUCGGACCCUGACGACCGUGGAGGCUGGGGCAUCUCCCCGCGCGGCGCCGGCUACACAUUCGGCCAGGACAUCUCCGAAACGUUCAACCACAGCAACGGGCUGACACUUGUGUCACGUGCCCACCAGCUCGUCAUGGAGGGUUACAACUGGUGCCACGAUCGCAACGUUGUUACCAUCUUCAGCGCGCCCAACUACUGCUACCGCUGCGGCAAUCAGGCGGCCAUCAUGGAGCUCGAUGACACUCUCAAGUACUCUUUCCUGCAGUUUGACCCAGCCCCUCGGCGAGGGGAACCUCAUGUCACUCGCCGCACCCCCGACUACUUCCUGUAAUGGCGCCAGAAGCUCUUCCUGCAGGGCAAGGGCCUCCGUCCGCGUCGCAAACCGUUUUCAGUGGAGCUCUCAACCCUUGUCUCACCGUCCCCUCGCGGGACCGCUCUUGUUUUAUAAGCGUCAACCUCAUCUUAACGACGAUCGCCGACGCUCCCCGCCCACACUUCAGUC